GGCAGUUCCGCGAAGUGGAUUGUGGGUAGCGCAGUCCAACAGCGGAGAAGUGGGUUUUCGGCAAGGGAAAGCGGUACGCUUUUACUACAUGUCCCACCACACACUGCGGCAAUCGAGCUGUGUGUAUGUGAGGCAGAGGCAGAGGCAGAGGCAGAGGCAGAGAGAGGAGAAGAUUUAGGAAUUCGUCUGCAGUCUUCGAGCUGCGCUGUCGCAAGAAAUAAUGGCUCCUCUUUACGGGAAUCUCCUGGCUUGUGAAAAGAGACAGUGACGCUGGUUGGAGCGGAUCAGAGGCCAAGCAGUCCAGCUAGCUGCUAGUGUUUCCUCGUGCACGUGUGUGCUUUGGGUUAUGAGCAGUGUUAAGACGUCUCGCUACAACCAAUAUUCCGGAGCAGCAGCAGCAGCAGCAGCAGCAGCAGCAGCCACCACAGCAGUCAUCCCCAGCAGCCCUUCCACCCCCCCCCAGCAGACUCCAGCAGCGGGAGCAGGAUGGAGGCCUCGUUUGGCCCUACCUUCUCAGCCGUGGCUGCCGGAGCUAAAGCAGAAGGGUCCAGCACCUACAAGCAGCAUAGAAGAACUCCCUCCUCCUCCAGCACCCUAACCUACUCCCCCCGGGAUGAUGACGAUGGAAUGCCUCCCAUUGGUACUCCUCGGAGGUCUGAUUCGGCCAUUUCAGUCCGAUCUCUCCAUUCCGAGUCCAACAUGUCUCUGCGCUCCACUUUCUCUCUGCACGAAGAAGAGGAGGAUACGGAACCGCAGGUGUUUGCUGAACAGCCAUCAGUAAAACUGUGCUGCCAACUCUGCUGUAAUGUCUUCAAGGACCCUGUCAUCACCACAUGUGGGCACACCUUCUGCAGACGUUGUGCCCUGACUUCAGACAAGUGCCCAGUGGACGCGGCUAAGCUCACGGUUGUGGUGAACAACAUCGCCGUAGCUGAGCAGAUAGGAGAGCUGUUCAUCCACUGUAAAUACGGCUGCAGGGCCACAGCCAGUGGUGCAGGAGGGGCUACAGCCUCCAAUGCCACAGUGGCCGGGAAGCCUGGAGCGUAUGAGGUGGACCCACUGGGCUGCCCGUUCACUAUCAAACUGUCCACACGGAAAGAACAUGAGGCCAGUUGUGACUACAGGCCAGUUCGCUGCCCCAACAACCCCUCAUGCCCCCCGCUGCUCACCAUGAACCUGGAAGCUCACCUCAAAGAAUGUGAGCACAUCAAAUGUCCGCACUCCAAAUAUGGCUGUACGUUCAUCGGUAACCAAGACACCUAUGAAACCCACCUGGAAGUGUGUAAAUUUGAGGGGCUGAAGGAGUUUCUGCAGCAGACUGAUGACAGGUUCCACGAGAUGCAGCUGACUCUGGCCCAGAAGGACCAAGAUAUUGCCUUCCUGCGCUCCAUGUUGGGCAAACUAUCAGAGAAAUUAGAUCAGCUAGAGAAGAGCCUGGAGCUCAGAUUUGAUGUGCUGGAUGAGAACCAGAGUAAACUGAGCGAGGACCUGAUGGAAUUUCGCAGAGAUGCCUCCAUGCUUAAUGAUGAGUUGUCCCACAUCAACGCCAGGCUCAACAUGGGAAUCCUGGGCUCGUACGACCCCCAGCAGAUCUUCAAGUGUAAGGGGACAUUUGUUGGCCACCAGGGUCCCGUCUGGUGUCUCUGUGUCUACUCCACUGGAGACCUGCUCUUCUCGGGAUCGUCAGAUAAGACUAUCAAGGUAUGGGAUACCUGCACCACCUACAAGUGUCAGAAAACCCUUGAAGGUCAUGAUGGCAUCGUACUAGCUCUGUGUAUCCAGGGAAACAGGCUAUACAGUGGCUCUGCAGACUGCACAAUCAUCGUGUGGGACAUCCAGACCCUGCAGAAAGUCAAUACUAUCCGUGCCCAUGACAACCCUGUAUGUACCCUGGUCUCCUCCCACAACAUGUUGUUCAGCGGCUCCCUCAAGGCCAUUAAGGUGUGGGACAUCGUGGGUACAGAGUUGAAGCUGAAGAAGGAGCUGACUGGUCUGAAUCACUGGGUUAGAGCACUGGUGGCCUCCCAGAACCACCUGUACAGCGGCUCAUAUCAGACCAUCAAGAUCUGGGACAUCCGCUCUCUGGAGUGUGUCCACGUCCUACAGACCAGCGGAGGCAGUGUCUACUCCAUCGCUGUCACCAACCACCACAUCGUCUGUGGCACUUAUGAAAAUCUCAUCCACGUGUGGGAUAUUGAGUCUAAAGAGCAGGUGCGGACCCUUACAGGUCACGUGGGAACAGUUUACGCUCUUGCUGUCAUCUCCACCCCUGACCAGACCAAAGUGUUCAGCGCCUCCUACGACCGUUCCCUCAGGGUGUGGAGCAUGGACAACAUGAUCUGUACUCAGACCCUGCUGAGACACCAGGGCAGCGUAACAGCUCUGGCCGUUUCCAGGGGGCGCCUCUUCUCUGGAGCUGUUGACAGCACCGUCAAGGUGUGGACAUGCUAAACGAACAGCUUGCUCUGCAGUUGAGUCCAGUUGACUUCACAUCUCGUUAAUCUUUCCACAUGAUUUCCUCCUCCACACCCGUUUCUUUGAUUGUGAUUUAACGGCCGCAGACCAAUAAUAACCACCACUCCACGAUCGAGCUGCAUCGGAACUGUUUUACUAAGUGUUGCUUUUAAAACGUCAAAAAAACACUCCGACACGUCGACCCGAUCCUCGGGAUCGAGGUUCGGCUCCAGGUCACGGUACUGAGUGACCUCAGCGACCCAGUGCAUUAUGGGGCAAAAGAAGACAAGCUGCCUUACGGUAGCAACGCACUGCGCCAAAACUGUGAUUGAAUUGGCGCUGCACUCCUGUAAUCAGAGUGGGAAGCAGAGAGGAUUAUGGGUGUCAGAGUUUUUCGAAGUGUAGCUGGUCCUGCCAGCCUCCUACAGAUACACCUGCCAUUUAAGAACUGUACGGAUGAUGCCUAAUGUAUACUGUUCAAAUAAGUGUAAGGGCUGGUUUCACAAACAUGGACUGACACCAAACUCACUCCAGAUGUUUACGUUACGUUAUGUUAUGUUAUGUGACUUUUCAAAAGCCAAAUCACUCCUGGAAGAAAUCCCAGAAUGCAGCAAAACAAAGACAAGUCAUUCCUUAAAGAAGUAAUUAAAAUUGGGACUAGGUUAUUUUAUACAAAUGAAGUAGCAGCAGUCAGUUUUAUGCAGAAAACUUAUGUGAACAUUGCUUUUUUUGAGUUGUACUUCAUUGAGCCCUACCCAGAAAAUCUCUUCCCGUUUGCUUCCAUAUGGUGGUCAGAGGUCAAAGGUCUGUUUACUGUGAUUUGAGCAGUGAUAGUCAAGGCCACAGAUGAACGCAGUGACAACAUCUGAAUUCCAACUUGAUAUAUGUCGGGAUUUGACUCUGAGCUCCAACCUGAGUCUGAAUCCACUAAGACUUUGGCUAAAUCUGUUUUCAGACUCUAGUGAUUUCACACCGAACCUGUCUGUUUUGGUUCAAACAAACUACUGCAUUUUUUCCAUUUAGUUUGGUGCAUUUGUUCUGGUGAAUCAGCGUCAGUGGACCAAAGGGACCGUCUGAUAAGGAGGGAGUAGGCGGACUCUGGUGCCGUUGGUUUGUCGUGUGAAAGCAAGUCAGACCUUCCACAGGAGUGUAAAUAUGUGAACUCAAAAGAUAAACUACUGUUAAAGUGGUCUUCUGAUUGUGAACCGUAAAGAAAGGGAUCUUCUAAGCACUGACACAUGUAUAGGCUGAUAUUAGCUAAUUGCUGUUACAUAGUUUGUCCACCAGAGAGCACUGACAAGUUUAUUUUUCUCCUGCUUAGUAGGCAUGGUCACAAUUCUUUAGAAAAACAAAUCGAAGGGGUCCGUAUCAAUAUUGUUUAUGCCUGAAAAAUGAAUACCAGGCCGAUGUAUCCAUAUUGGGUUUUUUUUUAAUCUCCCAAUUAUCCAUAUCAGUAUCUAGCUCGAAAACCCAGUAUCAGUCGGGCUAUAGUAACCAUGGCAACAUGUAUGGCUCACCAUAUGAUUGUGGGAUUUUCCCCGAUAGAUGAAAAACUUCAUUAAUUAACAUCAAGUUAAUCAGUUUUAUCAUCACUUGUUUCCUCCGGAGCUCUUUGUGACACCGGGGAACAUAAAUAUACACACAAGUAAGAGGACAGUGCAGCUUGACCUGCUGUAAGUCUCCAGAAUUGGAUUUCCCCUCGUGGGUCCAUGUAGCACUGAUGGGGCAGGAUUGACAUCACCAAAACUGGCCAAUGAGUGACUUCGUUCUUACACUUCUUGGUUCAUUUGUAAACGGCCAGCGUGAACAUGAAACAGGAGAAUUGAAAAGGAAGGACGUGUCAUUUUCUCCCACUGGCCCGAACCAACUGAAGCGAUCUAUCGGCAUGAGAGCGACCUCGGCCUCAUACCUCGUACCUGAGAGUCUGCUUGAAAUGGAUUGUCUGCUUCACUUCCAGACCAGCUAGUGUUUUGAUAAUGGCUUUGGCUGAGGAGCAUUAAAAAGAUGUCUCCAGCUCUUAGCAGACAGUGUCCCAAGAAAGAGUGUUUGUCUCUUAACUCUUCAUUUCCGUUCCAGACAAAAAAAGUGCACAUAUCAACAUGGAUGGAUGCAGGUGCGAUAAGACAUUUUCUCUCUUGGCGUUCAUUGCGGUUGUCGCCCAGUUCGGUUUUGUGAAACCAGCCUUUAUAAAAAAUCUUUGUAAUAAGUGAAGACUUUAAGGAGAAGAACAGAUCUAUAGAUUUACUGAGUUUUAUAUUAGUGCCAUGAUAGAGCUGUAUUCAGAGCCACUCAACGGUUGGCCUGGACAUGUGCCCCUGAGAACGACUCCCGCUGGCCCACGAAACAGAGAGACCGGCAGAGAGGAGGAGACAGUUGGUGCACACGUAUGUGUCUGUUGUUGUGUUUAUGUGAGCGUGUUUCAAUGAGUGCCAUAUGUGUGGGUGCAAAGUUAGGAAAGACUGCAAUGAUGCGUUUCUCCCCUCCCUCUGUCGCUGAGCUCUAUCUUCAGCUGGUUAGAAUAAACACAACCGCAGAUUAAUAAUCUAUGACUGCAGCACUUGGCGGACUCUCAGUGAAGGCAAGCGCUGGAUUGGGUGUAAUUAACCUCACAACUCCCGAAGGGCAAAGUGCCAUUGAGCUAAAGUGAAGUCUUGUUUUCCUGAAUUAUGUUUGAGGACCCACAUUGGGUUGAAAUAAUGAACAAUGUCUAAAUAUGCCCUGGGAGGGUCGUUUUUAAGGUCAUGAGAUCAUGUACACCCACACCAAAUUUUGACACUCCAGCUAAAUUAGAUUUUUACAGAAGUUCAGAAGUAUUUUGCUUUCAUUCGUUCCAGCACAUAUCUGGCCACUACUUCCUGUACUCUUGGUGAGUAAAGGUGGAGGAAGUGAAGAGAGGAAGUGUCUUCACUGGUAACAGUUUCAGUGAUUCUUGUAUACUUGUCAUCGUGUAAGCCUGAGUUGAUCAUUGAUCAAUAAAACUGUCGGACAUUUUGAGAA